GGAAACUCGGGCUUCGGAACGUCCGAUUGCUCUGCUGUCACAUCGGAUGGAUAUUAGCAUUACAUCCGCACCUGUCAUAUACUACACCAAGCGAUCAAAGAGCCACUAUAAAAAAUGGAAAAAAGAAAAAGGAAAAAAAAUGAAGACAUUGAGUCUCAAUUUCUCUAGUUUCAAUUUGGUACAAUCUCAGUUCCCUUUUAUCAUAUACAUACCAUUUCUCGUCACUUUCUAUGGUUCCAUGCACGGUUAUUAAUAUCACCCAAAACUAAUUUUUACCAUUGAUUAUCCCAUUAUUCUUUGGACUCGGCACAUAUUGUUACGAGUGUCAGAAUUAACCUCAAUGAUAGAAGAUCAAUUUUGACAUAAGAAUACCAUCAA